GAGAGCAUCAGAGCUGAUUAUUACUUAUAUGAAGCCAGUAUCUCCGUCUGUUCACAACUUCCCCCAUUUUUUCAGUAGCCAAGCCUCUCAGCCGUUAGCCAAGAUGAAUGCUUCACAAUGCGGACCCUUUCUCUAUCCAGAUGUCGUUCAGCGUCCUCCUCUGGAUACCAGCAACAACGUUCUAUCGGACUUGCCAAAUGCGGCUCAGGUUCAUGAAUACCUGCCACCCUUGACUGUACCUCACAGUGCCACUCCACAGCGACAGCAUGCGGAGGGCCCAAGACCUUCAUUCGCACAACUGAGCGCCCGUCUUCGCUCCGAGACAGCGGCUUGGGAUAUGAGUGCGAUGGGAAACACCACAGUGGCCAACACGUCUUUGGACAGGAGGGCACUGGGAAACGCCGCAUCCUCGUCAGCGUCUUUGGACCCUAGUGCAGUGGUAAACACCGCACCCAGAUCAGCGUCCUUGGACAGGAGUGCAGUGGGAAACACCACAGUGGCCAACACGUCUUUGGACAGGAGGGCACUGGGAAACGCCGCAUCCUGGUCAGCGUCUUUGCACCCACUGCACCCUAGUGCAGUGGGAAACACCGCACUUGGGUCAGCGGACAGGAGGGCAGUGGGAAACAGCACAGUGCCCAACAUGUCUUUGGAUCCGAGUGCACUGCGAAACAUCGCACCCGGGUCAGCGUCUUUGGACAGGAGUGCACUGGUAAACACUAACAACGACGCCGGCUGGUCACCCCUAUUAACAAAUUGUGAGAACCCAAUUUCAAGGCCUACAGAAUUGGACGCGAACAUGAACAUCCCUAAACAGUCAACAGGCAGUUCAGCGCCUCUUCAAUCCUGCAACGGCCAGUAUGGGGACUUUCAGACACCGCCAGUGCCAGCAUCACCGCUAGGAUCAUCACAUCUUUCCCUGUCGAGUACUGAUCAGGUUUCCCCGGUUUCUCAAUUUGGUCUGUUUGGCUCUGCCUACUGGGCUAAUGUAAUGCAGCCGGCUCAGAUUCAUGAAUACCUGCCACCCUUUACCGACCAAAAUGUCGCUCUACCCAACCAACAAUUCCAGAUAGAGCAAGCAUUGACUUCGUCUGCUUGUAACCCGCCACUACCAUACACGCCUUGUCAGUCAGUAGCUGAUGGCAGCCUCGCCACGUCUGCAGUUCGAACACAGGUCGAUAAUGUACCUCGCAAUGCCGCUCUACAGCGACAGCAUGCGGAGGCCCCAAGACCUUCAUUCGCACAACUGAUGGCCCGUCUUCCCUCCCGGAUAGCGGCUUUGGAUAUGAGUGCAAUGGGAAACACCACAGUGGCCAACACGUCUUUGGACAGGAGGGCACUGGGAAACACCGCAUCCUGGUCAGCGUCUUUGGACCCUAGUGCACUGGUAAACACCGCAUCCGGAUCAGCGUCCUUGGACAUGAGUGCAGUGCGAAACACCACAGUGCCCGACAUGUCUUUGGAUAUGAGCGAACUGCGAAACAUCGCACCCGGGUCAGCGUCUUUGGACACGAGUGCACCCGGGUCAGCGUUUUUGGACAGGAGUGCACUGGGAAACAGUGACAACGACGCCGGCUGGUCACCCCAAUUGAAAAAUCGUGAGAACCCAAUUUCAAGGCCAGCAGAAUUGGACGUGAACAUGAACGUCGUGAACCAGUCAACAGGCAGUUCAGCGCCUCUUCAAUCCUGCUAUGGCCAGUAUGGGGACCUUCAGACACCGCCAGUGCCAGCAUCAUCGCUAGGAUCAUCCCAUCUUUCCCUGUCGAGUACUGAUCAGGUUUCCCCGGUUUCUCAAUUUGGUCUGUUUGGCUCUGCCUACUGGGCUAAUGUAAUGCAGGAGACCGCCCUAAGCCAAAACAAACAAAAGGUGAAAAACCAAGAGAGAAUAGAGAGACGCCGCAACCGAAAUAGGGUGGCAGCCGCGCGUUGCAAAGAGAAGGCAAAGAUGAAGGCUGCAGAGGACUCGCAGAAAAUCCAGGAACAGGCAGAGACAAUAGAGAAACUGAGGAAGAUAGUAGCCAGCCAGAAGAUCAUAAUUGACCACUAUCCGACUUGUGCAGCAUGUGGUAACAUUCCUUCAUAAUGUGCUGUCAUUCUUUCACAGUCAUUGGACUCGGCAGCAUCAACGGAUAAUGCAUGUGUUGCGAAUUUAUGUUACGACUAUGAUUUACGCAUGUCGUUGUAUUUGGUUCUUGUCUGGUGGAGUCCAGUAUAUGGUCUAGGUGUACGCGCGAGUGUGGUGUGAUGAGUGACGUUUAUGGUAUGUGGUGCAUGCAAGAGUACGCGUUGUCAGAGUGUGAGGAUGUGCUUCCAUCUGUGUGAGAGUGACUGUCAAGUGAAUGCUGUACAUGCGCAGUGCUAGUUUGGUCUGGGAAUGAGAGUCGUGUGUGAUUCGUCCGUGGUCUGGUUGUCUUGGUCUUGGUCAUGUGUUCUGUACGUAUCAGUCCCUGAUUGGUCGUCUCGAUUUGUCGUCGCAAUAUUACUGCUUGUUCUUGUUGUUUUCUUAGAGUCUUUUCCCCGGGAGUCUUCCCGUUGUCCUUUUUGUCGUCUCCAAGUUUGUCUCUCUCCUCCUGCGCCCUCGUCAUUUCUUGGUACAAUAUAAGUAUUGCAGAUAUGA